AUGAGUCCGCUCUAUCAUCAAUCCUUCCAUCAAGUUUCGCAUAAACAGUGCAUAUUUCUCAAGUUGUGGCCAUGGCACCGAACUGUGCCCAUAAUUCUUAGUACCGACGUUCCGAUGGAAGGCGCUAUCCUGAACUCCUUUCAUAAUGUCCUCAAGACACCGCCCCUCUUCAUCCAACACUGCCUUAUCCCGCCCAAACAGAUUACACAACAUGUCUUCAUCUCUGAUCCUGUAUUCUUCGCCACUGUCAGGCACCACUUGCAGCAAGCUGAUUCGCCUAAGCGUCGUUGCGGCGGCGUCAAACUCGGGGCGCAAACUCCACAUCGCUUCAAGCAGAAUUUAGGCGCUUCCCUGAUAUGUACGGCGAAAGCAAAAAUUUCUUCAAUCGCGACGUCAACCUUGCCAACUCCUACUCACGGAAAUAAAUGUCUAGGAGUUUCCGUGGGGCUCAGAGCGCCUCUCCAAACAACCCCUUGUGGCUUAGAAGGUGGAAAGCACCCCUUUUGGUAUCCUUUUAAACCGAGUUUGAUGCUAAAGCACCAGUAUCCGAGUCUGGUACUGGGGCGAAUUCGUUUAUUCCCAAGGACCGAUAAUCAAGACACGCAGCUCCGACACUCUAGGGACAUAGCAAUCUUGAGCUACGACUACUACUAUCAGGUUCUGCUUUGGAUGACCUCUAGAGCUCGGAUCUCACCGUCCACUUUCUACUUUACCCCCGUCUUCCGCAUUCCUAACCUAGGCAAGGCUAGCGGUGGUCUAGUGCCAAAUGCCCUUUGGUACAGGAAAGUUUCCCCAUUCAAUGCUAGCUUAAUCGACGUGACCGGCGUAAAUGCCGCUUGCUUAAUUCCAUCCAUCUACCUUAGUUCCACGCAGAACUUUCCGUCUCUAACUUUUGGAUCACGUGUUCAAGUUUAUGAGUGUCACCAUUCAAUCCCACACGAAAAUCACUCACGCCUACGAACCCCAAAUGAUUCAGGAACCUUUAGGGCGCCUGUCCAUCACCCCUUAGCUCCACCUGCACUCGCUGGUAAGAGGAGAUUGCGCUGGACUCCGACAAACCACUUAAGAGAUGCUGUCAGGUUGGACGUCAAAAAAAGAAUAACGUGCCGCACGCACACGCGGUCUAACGGCCGCCUCACUUUCGUCAAACUAGCCAACCAGGAUGCCGGAAGCGCCUCGAGCUUCUGGCAGAAAUAUUGCAUGGUAGAAUCCUGCUCGUGGCAAUUGAGGAGCACUAGAAGGCUAACCAACAUAUUUGGCGCCCUUGACAUUAAUUAUCUUCGAUUUGAGCUAGUUUUGAUGAGACAAAGAGCUGUGCCCUUUCGUUGCCGGUACAGCAUUGGGAACAACGCUGCGGCUCAAGCGCCCACCACAACUCACGCUCGUGGGAGUAAAGGUUCAGCGGUGAGUCACCGCACUCAGUUACCGACUGACCCGGUUGCUGUUUUCGGAGGAAGAAUGCGUUUCGUAAAGGGCUCUCAGACCUUUCGUCUUCAAGGCUAA